AUGGCACUGGGCAGAUGCAUUUGGGAAGGUUGGACCUUGGAGAGUGAGGCCCUGAUUCGAGAUCUGGGCACAUGGCUCCUAUUCUGUACCUGUGCCUGCUGGGGAGUUUCUGUCCCUGAGGAGGGAGGAGGGCCAUGGGCUGGAACCUUCACCUGCCUCACCAACAACAUCCUCAGGAUCGAUUGCCACUGGCCUGCCCCAGACCUGGGUCCUGUCUCUGGCCCCUGGCUCCUCUUCACUAGCAACCAGGCACCUGGCAGCAAGCACAAGUGCAUCUUCCAAGGCAGUGCCUGCACCCUGGAGCUGCCCCCUGAGGAGGUGCUCUUGCCCUCUGACAACUUCACCAUCACUCUCCACCGCUGUGUCUCUGGGAAGGAGCAGGUCAGCCUGGUGGACCCACAGUACCUGCCCCGGAGACAUGUUAAGUUGGACCCUCCCUCUGACCUGCACAGCAACAUCAGCUCUGGCUCCUGUGUCCUGACCUGGACCAUCAGCCCUGCCCUGGAGCCAAUGACCACACUUCUCAGCUAUGAGCUGGCCCUCAAGAGGCAGGAAGAGGCCUGGGAGCAGGCCCGGCACAAGGACCGCAUUGUGGGGGUGACCUGGCUCAUCCUUGAAGCCAUCGAGUUGGACCCUGGGUCUACCUAUGAGGCCAGGCUGCGUGUGCGGAUGGCCGUGCUGGAGGACGACGUGACUGAGGAGGAGCGUCAUGAGGGCCAGUGGAGUGAGUGGAGCCAAUCUGUGUGCUUCCCCUCGCCCCAGCGAGGAGGCCUCCUGGUCCCAUCCUGGGGCUGGAUAGACAGCACUUUUAUUGCUGUGCCUGUCUUUCUGCUUCUGACUGGCCUGACCUACCUCCUGUUCAAGCUGUCACCCAGGGUGAAGAAAACCUUCCACCAGAACGUGCCUUCACCAGCAGUGUUCUUCCAGCCCCUCUACACUGUGCACAACGGGAAUUUCCAGACCUGGAUAGGGACCCAUGGAGCUAGCCUACAGCUGACUCAGGACUGUGUCAACACCUUGCAAGGAGCCUCAGAGUCCAGCAUCUGGGAGGCCAUCACACUGCUCACCUAUGGCCUGGCACGCUCCAGGCAAUCCUCAAGCCUGGAGGAGCAGGAGGGCACUGGUCCUGGUCUCUCAGAAGCCCUGAGCUCAGUGAGUGUGCAGCCAGCAGGAUGUGUGGAGUUGGGGGAACAGUCAGCCUACCUGCCACAGGAGGACUGGGCCUUUGUGUCCCUCACCAGGCCAGCUCCCCUGGACUCCCAGGGCAGAAGUAGUGACUACUGUGCCUUGGGCUGCUACAGGGGGUGUCAGCCCUCAGCCCUCUCAGGAAACAUACAGAGUACGUGGCCCAUCCCAGCUUCAGCCUGUGGCCCUUCCUGCAGCCAACAGGGUGCAGAGUCCCAGCAGGGAGACACCUGUGAGGGAGCUGGUCAUGGUCAUGGACUGCAGGAGGAGCUGCCUUCUACUCUGGACAUGCCGCAGGCUCAGUCCUGA